CUCACGUGUGACACCGAGAAGAUGGCGACAUGUGAUCACGUGACAUGGUGUCGAUGGCUGUACUUGGAAUAUUUGAUUGUGUGCAUCGUCGGAUCUUUAUCACAAAGACCCUGCUCAAAUAACAAUAGGUUCAUUGAAAGCAGUAGUUACUUCCUGGGAAAAGACACUGAUGCGUACCCUGCACAAUACGGAGACUGCUCCUUCAGUCAAUCUCUGUGUAACUACACUCAGUCCUGUACAGACUUGGCAGCAGAGGACUGGAGACAAACGGGAGAUCACGCUGAGUGUCCGGGGAAGACUGGACUGUUUGACUCCUUCUCAGUCCUGCUGUCGCCGCUACUCCUUAUCAGUCACGUGACCUGUCUGACGUUUGAGUUCACUCAAGAAGCACCUGGAAAACUGAGUGUUUACCUGGCGACACCUAUUCUUUUCUGUAGUGUCAUGCCCGAGGAGGUUCAAGAGACACCAAAUUUCGUCUCGCAUAAGAUUGAGUUACCAAAUACCACUGGUAAGCUUGCAUUUCGAGCUCGCAGUGCCAAUCCUAACUACAAAGUUCAGCUCCGGGGUGUCAAGCUGCAGACAGGAUCAUGCACUGGGCCUGCAUGUUUGUUUGAAGACAAAGAAAAUACACUUUCAACUUGUGGCUGGACUCUUGACAAGUGGAACAUAACCCAUCAACUUCUACCUGAAAACGUCAGUGGUGCAACGAGUACUGGGUAUUUCGUUUACGUCAUCUACCCGAGUAUCAAAGCCACGUUAACCACUACCCUGGUUCAGUCAACAGGAUCAAAGACAGGAUGUCUGGAGUUUAGAUACAUUAUAUGUGGCUCUGAGUUGAGACUACUCGUGUCAAUUCAAAGUUUGGAUGGAGAUCGGAGAGCGGUCUGGGUAGUGUCUUCAAAUACGUCAACUGACGACUGUUUACAAACAUGGCAAGAUGCAGCAGUGCCUCUGUCAUCCACAUCUGCAUAUACAGUGAUGUUUGAAAAUGUACCAACGGACAAAAGCUCGGGGGUGGUUGCCGUGGACUCUGUUACAUACACGACACAGCCGUCAUCAUCAGCCUGUCCACUUAACCCCCAGCACGCUCUGCCACGUGACGAUGACAUCAUAUCGUCGUUGCCGACAAGUACAACACAAAAACUCUCGGGAAGCAUCAGUACGAUGUCUGGAAGCAUCAGUACGGUCUCUGGAACCAUCAGUACGGUGUCUGAGUCGAUGGGUUAUAAACCAGCAACGACGACUACCUUUCUCCAGUCCACGUCCUCUUGGUUAGGGGACGUUGCUGCAGUUUCUUCAUUUACACCAUUUCCGCAAAACAUGAGUGAAAACAGCAACAGUGACCAAACAACGCCUGGUGUUGUGUCAGCUGUGGUUAUCGUCAUCGCCUGUAUAGUCGCUGUGGUUAUCAUCGUCAUCAGAAAGAGACGCCAAAAACUCGAGGGAGCGAAAAUCAUAAGCGAUGACACAAAUGGGAAUGCGAAUGAUGUGCACUAUGCCAGUGAGCAUCCUGUGGUGGAGACGAUCUUGGAGGACAGAGAGGACAGGGCAGCCAUUUUAGAUCCUGAGAGUGACCCGUAUGACGUUGCAGAGGAUGGAAUACCGGGGAUAACUCGCUCUGCCCUCAGUGGCAACCGUGGAUACAUACUCAGCCCUGAUGAUACAGCAAGGUCUUGCCCCAUCUCACAGAAAAGCCCCAAGCAAAGAGAAGGAUUACCAGAAAUGCACUCAGCAGUUCACAAUCAGCAGAAAGGAGCACCUGACUUGUACUCACAAGUUCGCAAGGAAAAGAAAAAAGCACAAGACGUGUACUCUCUAGUUCACAAGCAAAAGAAGGAAGAAAGAAAUAAAAGUUCAGGUCAAGGCAGUACAGCUGGAAGUCUUCUCAAUCCAUCGUAUACUCCAGAAAUAUACGAGUUGGCAAACCCACAGCCAAUUCUGGCCAUGGCUGAUACACCAGAUGACCAAGAAUACAAUGCCCUUAACUUUGACAUCGAUAGGCAAGUAGGGGAGAGCACUCAUCCAAGGGAAGCAACUGGACAAACCUACGACCACCUCCAUGGCGAUGUUCUGUACGACUGUGCCAAGGUUGAACACAACCCACACGGCGUGAACAUGGUGAUAGACGCUGAGUACAACCACCUGGUCUAAUGAAACCAUAAAGACAGUUGGCUGACCUAGGCUUUCAUUAAAACUUUGGACUUACUUUCGGAUGGAAAAAAGUGAACUCUUCAUCAGUUCUAUCAAUCACUCUGAUGACUAUGUACAAAAGUAUAACGGAUUACCCGAAAGCUGCUCGAUAUGAUAACGCAUGAUGUACCUUCUGUUCUGACCUUUCUCUCAUCCAUUACUUCUAUCCCAUCGUCUGACAGAAUGUUUUCAGUCACAACACAAAUCUAACAUCUCUGAACACACAUUGUAUUAGCUUAUAUUUUUGUGAAGUAUUUUAUCGAGUAAAUCAUUUUAAUUUAUAAUUUACUCGCUGUGAAUACUCGAUUCCUUAAUGCACUCAGUAUCUAUUUACAUUUACGCUCGUUUGUUAUAGACGAGCAUUUUGUUUUGCAGAAAGUAAGAAUUAGCCACUUUAUGCUUUUUAUGUGGGUGAAUUACAUUGAAAUCAUGUAACAAUUCCCUUAUUUUACUUAUUUUAUAUCGCAGAAAAUUUAGUUUGGAAGGUAGAUGCUGCAGCAUAAAUAGUGUAUGUGUUUAAGAAUACAUCGUAAUGCUAAAAUAAUUUGAACCGACUGACAGACAAACUGACCGCCGAACUGACUCAAUGUAAUAUCGUCACACCCACGAACUUAGUUAAAAGCCUUUAUUGUGACACAAACGUCUUUAACUUUUUUUGUUACACGACUAGACUACUCAUGUACACACAAAAGAAUAACAACACCUUCUUCACACACACAAUAGAGAAUAGAAUAGAGAAUGCUGUUGCUGAUAAAUUUUAGCGAGUGAUAAUUUUUACUAUGUGGCAAUAGAGGAGAGGCAGGGAGGGUUAGAAAAAUCAAAAAUAUUGUGACGAUUGCUAGAUGAACUGUUCAAUAUACAAGUGAGUGGAGUGUAUAAGAUCAUCUUCACUCAAGCGUUGACAUCUAAAUCAUUAGGCCAGCUUUCCCUGUCGACACUAGUGUCUGUGUCUCUUACA